AGCACGACUGCGUCUUGGAUGAGCACUGACGUGUCUUAUUAACCCUCAAGAUGCUAUAAAGUCCGGUAGGUUGCAGUAAAGGCACGACGUUUCGCUAUCACCCCGUCGACACACCUCUAAUCUACCCCAUCAUGCCUUUGUUGCAGUCCCUUCUGGCUGCGUCCAACUUCCGCAACCCCUUUUUGCGAAAUCUCGUUCCAUCAGUUGGUCUUGCAUUUGGUAUCCAAGCAGCUGUAGCUAUACCCUCCAUAAUAGCUGGAUCCGAGCGAUUCUACGACCUUUCGGGCUCAUUGACUUAUCUCUCAUGCACGGCCUUGAGCCUGUAUCUUCCUGCUCUACGUGCCAGAACAGCGGCAGCACUGGCAGGACAGCCGAAACCAGCAUGGCCUAGCCUUCUGAAGGCUCUCCAGGGGACAGGUGGUCCUUACGGUUUCAAUUGGAGACAGGUAUUCUUGAGCGCCGCAGUAAGCUUCUGGGCUUCUCGAUUGGGAACAUAUCUCUUCACCCGCAUUCUCUCCGACGGCGAAGAUUCCCGCUUCAAGGACAUCCGCAACUCACCUCCCAAGUUCGCUGUGGCUUUCUUUGCACAAGCGACAUGGGUGUCCCUCUGCUUAUUGCCCGUCCUAGCCAUCAACUCGCUGCCUUCUUCCACCUUCGCUGCUCUCGGAGGAGCCGUGUCGGUCACUGACUUGAUUGGUGUUCUGCUCUACGUCGGUGGAAUGAGCUUCGAGGUUACUGCUGACAGACAGAAGAGCAAGUGGUCACAGGAGAAGAAGGAGAAGAAACAUGACGAGGACUUCCUCACCAGAGGUCUUUGGGGCAAGAGUCGACACCCAAAUUAUUUUGGAGAAAGUACCUUGUGGACAGGAAUUGCUACCAUGUCAGCUGGCGUUCUUGCAUCGAAGGCUGGAGUGGUUGGAAUGGGAUUGGCUGGUGGACUGACGGGAAAAGCAAUCGCCCUCGUCGCCGCAGGUAUCAGCCCAGCCUUUGUGACCUUGUUGCUUUUCAAGGUGUCAGGGAUUCCUCUCAGCGAGAGUAAAUACGACAAGAAGUACGGCGAUCGUGCGGACUACCAGAAAUGGAAGAAGGAAACGCCCAUGUUCUUUCCCAAGCUGUAGUAGGCUUGGAUAUCUAUCCUACUUUGCGUAUGUGAAGCGCAAGUGGGUAAUUUGAGAUACCCAGAUUGCUUGACAUUAGAAAAGCCUGGCUGAUCGCAGGUGAACUUCCAUUGACCAUCGAUGUCAUAUUUAGAGGUGCCAUUCAAAAGUGCUGGGAAAGACGAAUAUGGUGCCAUUGCGGCUUUGCAAGAGGAUGUGACCACAUGGGUAGAGCAAUAUCGGAGGAGAUGUUGGGAGUUGGAAGAGAGUUGUAGUAUUAAUGAAUAAAUAGACGAACAAUACUCCGCCCCCGCCUCA